AUGUACCGCGUUCCUCGAAAAACGCCGACUCAGCGAUACGAAAUUAUUCGUAAUGGCAAGCGUUGCCUUAAUUGUCUCAGUUCGAAGCAUCAAGCGAAAGAAUGCCCGAGUACCCGCUCGUGUAAAGAAUGUCACAAAAGGCAUCACACGCUUUUACAUUUUUUUGACGCUCCGAAAUCAGCUGCUCAAGCGUCAUCGUCUCCCGCGUCAACGAAUCCCGUCAUCUCGACAAGUGACGUUUCCUCGCAUAUCAUUGCGAAAGCUGUAACAGCGCGUCACAUUCUCCUGGCAACUGCUCGCGUUCGCGUGCAUUCAAUGCACGGUCGAUUCCAAUGGGCCCGAGCGCUCAUCGAUCAAGGAUCUGCGUCAUCCUUUAUAACCGAAAAUUUAGUGCAGUCAUUAAGACUUCCGAAAUUAAAUACCGCUGUUAGGGUAUCAGGUAUCGGCGAAACGCAGACAAGCGUUCGACAUGCCGUUCAUCUAACAAUAACUCCCAGCAACGCGGACACUCCGGUUUAUAGAACCACCGCGUUAAUUUUAAAAUCGUUAACUCGAUAUUUGCCAAACCAUCUCAACAGUCCAGAGCAAUGGCCGCAUUUGAAUGGCCUUUCGUUAGCUGAUCCCGAUCCAGCAGGAUCAGAUCCAAUAGAAAUAAUUAUCGGAGCGGAUCUUUUCGGGUCACUCAUCCUCGAUGGAGUUCGAAAAGGCGCGGUUGACAAAUCGAUCGCUCAAAACACCGUGCUAGGCUGGAUCAUAUCCGGACCUAUAGCGCAACUCAAACCGCUCUCGAAGUCGUCCAUUGGAGUACAUCAUUGCUCUGUUACGGAUGAUCUCAAUCAAACUCUCCGCCGAUUUUGGGAAAUCGAAGAAAUUCCCGCUUCAUCAAAAAUAACUAGUGAAGAAAAGGCAUGCGACGACCAUUUUAAUUCGACACACUCUCGAAAUUCUGAAGGUCGCUAUAUCGUCAGACUUCCAUUUAAACACGGACCUCCACUCAACAUUGGAGAAUCUCGACAUUCCGCGCUUCAGAGUUACCUUCGCACGGAAAGCCGCAUUAAAACGGAUUCAUCGAAAUCGUCGGAAUAUCAUAAUUUUUUAAAGGAAUAUUAUGAUCUGAGACACAUGCAACGCGUCUCAGAAACCGAACAAUUAAUCGACUCGAAUCAAAUCGUAUAUAUUCCGCACCAUGCCGUAUUCCGCGCUAACAGUUUAACAACGCGAAUACGUAUCGUUUUCAACGCUUCAAGUCGAACCUCAAACGGUAUGUCAUUGAAUGAUCAUUUAUAUCCGGGCCCUAAACUUCAAAAAGACCUUGCUGCAGUGAUUUUGCGUUGGCGCACAUUUCGAUACGUUUAUUCCGCCGACGUGGCAAAAAUGUAUCGCCAAAUUCAAGUCGAUCCUCGCGAUCGUGAUUUCCAGCGCAUCUUCUGGCGGCCAUCUCCAACACAUCAAGUUGAGGAGUAUCGUCUCUGUACCGUAACGUACGGCAUGACUUCAGCUCCGUACUUAGUUUUGAAGGUCAUGAAUCAACUCGCCAUAGAUGAAGGCGCUUCAUUUCCAUUAGCCACAUCCGUUAUCGAUCGUCAAAUGUACGUCGACGACUUUAUCUUCGGCGCCGACGACAAAGUUCUCGCUCGUCAAACUCGCGAGCAGAUUGUUUCUCUGCUCAAAAGAGGUGGAUUCACGCUACGAAAAUGGGCAAGCAACGUGUCCGAACUCCUUGACGAGAUCGAAGAUACCGACCACGGUCUCGCUCAAAGCCGAGAUCUAAACCAAGAUGAGAGCUUGAAAAUUCUCGGUCUUACGUGGCAACCAGAUCGCGACAUCUUCAAAUUCACCAUUACGAUUACAGGGCCUCCUGGCAACACCAAAAGAAGAAUUUUAUCCGACAUCGCCAAAUUCUUUGAUCCACUUGGAUGGGCAACUCCAGUGAUUAUUCGCGCCAAAAUUUUGAUGCAACGACUUUGGAUCGCUAAAUGUGAUUGGGACGAAGUCGCUCCGCCGAAUCUGCUUGAAGCCUGGCAGCAGUAUCAUACUCAUCUUAAACAGCUAGAAGAGGUGAUGAUUCCACGUUGGAUUCAACUCGGCCAUCACGUACUGCAUCUAGAGUUGCAUGGAUUCUCGGAUGCAUCUACCAAAGCAUACGCUGCAGCGGUGUACAUUCGCGUUGUCACGGUGGAUGGGUCUCGGUCAAUCUUCUUGCCGCAAAAUCAAAAGUCGCUCCUGUCAAAGUAA